AUGAGACUCUCCCCAUAUUUCACUGCAUCCGCAUUUCUUUUUAGAUUCUUGACAUUUACGCAAGGCCUGCCUACCAACAAAUUUGCGACCGCUGGUCAUUUUACCGUCGAGCAGAAAGGCGUAAAUACCUAUAAAUCGAAUUGGCCGCCGAGUGAGUUAUGGAGGGGUCUUAGAAAACACCACAGACCUCUGCAACCGGCAGUCUCUCGUAUGACUAUGAAUGGAGGUCAUACUGUCAAUGGGACUGUCAAAGCAACACCGGAUGAGUAUGAUACUGAAUUCGUUAACGAAAUAACAGUCGGGAAUGAUACUCUCUUCGUUGAUAUUGACACUGGGUCUUCCGAUUUCUGGAUUUUCUCGUCACAACUUCCAGAAAAAUCGCAGCAAAACCAUCGUAUCUAUCAUCCAGAAGUAACAGGAACAAAGAUUCCAAAACAUAUUUGGGAUAUCACAUACAAUGAUGGAACUGGGGCUGCGGGCAAUGUAUUCUUAGACAAAGUCAGUCUCUCCGGAUUAGAGGUGCCUUCCCAGGCUGUGGAAGCAGCGACAUGGGUUAGUUAUGAAUUUGCGGACCAAGAAGUGACGGAUGGGAUUAUGGGUUUUGGCUUUGAUAGUUUCAACACAGUAACGCCCAAAAAGCAAAAGACUUGGUUUAGCAAUAUUAUGGAGCAACUUGAAAGACCUCUCUUCACCGCUUGCCUGAAGCAUCGAGCUCCCGGGUUCUAUGACUUCGGUUUCAUAGAUGAAAACAAGCAUGUCGGGAAACUUAGCUAUCUUCCUGUUGAUACCUCAAGAGGGCGGUGGGAAACGACUUUUAGUGGGUUUUCUACUGGAAAAGUUGACAACUCUACAUACCGUUUUAAGGCGGUAGUCGAUACUGGAACUACAUUCAUGCUUCUCCCCAAGCAAAUUACCGAGCAGUAUUACUCCUCCAUCGCUAAUUCGGCAUAUGAUCGAGAAAAUGGAGGCUGGACAUUCCCCUGCAAUGCAACAUUACCAGACUUUGCAAUUCACAUCAAUGACUACAAAGCCAUAGUACCCGGUAAGCAUAUCAACUGGGCGCAGAUACCUGGAGCUGACAUUUGCUUUGGUGGUCUUCAACCAGUUAGCAACCCGCCCGCUAUACUUGGGGGAUCAUUUCUAAAGAGCCAGUUUGUUAUCUUUGAUUACACUGGGCCCAGAAUGGGGUUUGCGGCUCAAAGGAAAUAA